AUGGCUUCCGUAAUUGCACGUCGUAAUAGUCUCCUGGAUAAAAUUGACAAAGCUACGCAACGUCAUAAUAUACAUAAUCCACUUAUUGCUCAGAUUAAUGAAUGGGAAUAUAUGAUGAUUGAAAAAAUCAAAAUAGUUGCUGAUAAUACUCGACAACAAGUUAGCCAAUUAGUAAAUUCGAAACGAACGAAACUUAGCGAUGAUUUUAAAAGAUUUUCACAAGAGUUAGCGAAUUUAAGAGAAACAGAAAAUUUUAUCGAGGCUGAUUUAAAACAAUUGAAGUAUAAGCUCAAUGAAUUUAAUUAUGAAUUGAAACAUAUAACAAAGCCAGUCUUGGUUGAAUUACAUACAGAAUUAAGUAACCAGAUUGUUUGGAAUCAACUUAUUUACGUCGAAGAAAAAUCCAAUCAUGCGGUAACUCAACAACAACUAUAUCAGCAAGUUGAAGAAGAGCAACAACCGAUUGUAGUUUCUGCUACAAAACAACCACCUAAGAUUUAA